CCUCGUAUCGUCGUGCGAGCGGCACGAGCCGUUGCCGUUUCUUCCUCUCGUCUCAUGCCUGUCCAUUCUCCAGGCCUCAACACCAUCGAGAUCUCGCCCCGCGGCAUUCGCUUGUCGGUUCUCUCGCCCAUGCGCGCAUGCCCAGGCCCCUUGUCAUGCCAGGUGCCAGGUGCCCCGUGCCCUCGCCUCGCGUGCACUGAUCGUCGCUUUCCUCUAUCUCUUUGCCUGCAGCAGCCGUCUAUUCUGGUUUGCUUCGUAUCAUGACAUUUCUCGCAUCUACUUUUACUCUUUAGUUCGUCGCACGACCUCUCACGACCGCGUUUCUUUCCGUUCACGUCCUCUACGAUCCAAGCUCGAUCGCCACAACACAGACCAGAUCUUAGCUCUCGCCUUCGACGCCCCGCUUCGCUCCGUACAGUAUUCUUCGUUGGGAUGACGGAAGCCUUCGUCCUCCCCAGUACGGGGUCCCCUCCACCCUACUCGCCCCUCCUCGCGCUCCCCGAUGCUGUGCUGGCACGCAUCGACGACUUUCUCGAGCUCCUGGAUAGCGACUCAUUGCGUUGCACCUGCACGCACAUGCAUGCGCUGCUGAGCCCACCACCGUCUCCAGCCGGGUCACCACUGUUUGAACAGCCACCGAGUUAUGAUGCGCGCGUUCGCCUUCUGUUCUGGGGCGCACGGUGGCAUGAGGGUGUGCCCGAAGUCGAAGAUGUGACCGCAAAAUUCGACCUUGCGGGCCGUUUGGAAGGCGUGGGCACGGCAGACAUUCUCGAUAUGGUGCCGUCCCCGAGCCUCGCAGGGAUGCGCUUCCGAUACAACUCAGACGGCGGAUUGGCCAGCUGGGGUGACGACCCAUAUGCUCAAAAGGCCUCACGCAAGCGUUUCAACCAGCAAAUUGCGCUUCAGCUUCCGAUUUCCCUCCAUCACCUCCCACCCCGAAUCGAGGUAGCUCGUCGCUGGCACGACAUUGCACUCGAUAAGCAAGGACGGCUGUGGGAACGUGGUCUUGCUGAGGGCGAACAAUGGGGCAUGCACACAAACCCGCUCCUCGCCAACGUCGUGCAUGUGGUCGGGGCGAAGUCACGAGCAGCAGUGACUGCGACGGGGCGGAUCGUGGCAUGGCGAAUUAACGAGGACUCUGAGCGCAUUUCUGUUCUUCCGCGCCUGCCCCAACGCAGUUUGCCACGCCCGGAGCGCACAAGCUGGAUCGAGUGGUACCCUCCGCAGGGUAAGGCAGACUCGACCGACGACCGCACGCUCAAACUCGUGUGCGGGCGCUGCUUUGUCGUGGCAAUGCGGGAUAAUGGCGAGGUGUGGCUUGCAACCCGGCAAAACCACCACGAGUGGCACUGGCACCUCGUGGCGCGCGUCUCCCACCCGACGCAGGUCGAGCUUACAGCCGCCGAUCACAGUUUUGCCAUUUACUGCACGGCGUCGGAUUCGGCGGGCGGCACGCCUACGCCAACCGCGUGGGUGGUGCUCGCAUCGCGCAGCGGCCACAGCACUGCAUGGAGUGUGUCGUCGCUCGACACGCCGCCCAUCGCCCAGCUGAGUCUGCACGAUGUGCAGGGUAUGAACCACGGCGUGGCGCGCUCCCGCUCCGAGGUCUUUACGUGGUGCACCCGGCGCGAUACGGGCCAGGUCUGUGCGCGCAGGCUUGAUCUGCCGUACAUUGGGCGCGGGCGUCGUCUGAUGCCCGUCGAGGUGUGUGCGGCCGGUUGCGUUGCGGUAGAGGUCGCCGACGAGAGCAUUGACGAGCCCGUGCUACUGGGGCUGCGCCGAUUCUUCUCGGGCGGCUCGGGCGGACGCAAGGGCAAGGGGCGUGUUUGGUAGGCGGCGUAAGCCAGGCCUUGGGAGGCGGAGCUACGGAGCUGGAGCGAUGGACACUGCAGUAGAUUCUGAACCCACAUACCGUCCGGAACGAUACGGGAUACCAUGGGUAGCAUAGACGAUGCGGCAGCCAACGGAAUGUUGUAUGAGCAUGCAGCAGAUUGACAGUGUGG